GUCAACCCCAGUUCCCUGCUUCCGCUCUCUCGGGCCGUAGGGGUGCGGCCGGUUUGCCCUCAGGCCUAAGUCUCAACACGUCUGGAACAAAGUAGCUCUUGUGUGGGAGACAGGAGAGGAGCCCUGGGCACAGGAGUCCCACCGGGAAGAAGAGCUCAUCUGACAGGAACCACCCUCACCAGAGCUUCAGAACAUGCAGAAGAACCCAGAAAAGAGUGGGUCCUAAUUUGCUCCACCAGAAGCAGUUCUUAAUUACCUUGUCCAGAAAGAGCCAGACUUGGUGAUGUCACCUGGACCAGCUUGCAGAAGGUGCAUAUCUGUCACAGUUCUCUGUACUCUCCCAACAACAGCAGAAAAUGAACACAUCUCAGGCACCAGGCAAAGGGCAUGUGAAGACACAGCAAGAAGUGGCCAUCUGUAAGCCAGGAAGAGAAUAUCACCAGAACCGAUACUCUCAUCUUGGACUUCUGGCCUCUAGAACUGUGAGGAAAGAAAUGUCUGCUAUUUAAGCCACCCAGUCUAUGGUAUUUUGUUACGGCACCCUGUACAACUAAAACACCUGGCUCUUUACUGUUUUUUUCUUUGUUUUCAUUUAUUUUUAGUUGUAAAAUCCAGAUAACAUAAAAUUUAUCAUAGCCAUUUUUUUAUACUCAUUGCUUUAUUGAUUCAAUCAACCUAGCAAGCUAUCAAGAGGGAUAAGAAUAAAGAUAAAAAUGAAAACGUGAUGGCUGCCAAAACAGAUCACUUUUUCAAAAGACAUAUAUAAAGACAAUAACUUCACAACUGAUUAUAAUAUCUUGUCUUCUCACUAUAGCAAGACAAGUUCUUGGUUACCUUCAUUUCAUCCUCCCUUCCCUGACCCCACUGUGGUAUAGGGAUCUGUUAUCUGCUUCCACAGCACACAAUUCUGGUCACGUGUAGAACUGUAACUGCCCAUUAUCAUAGCCAUUUUUUAACUGUACAUAUCCGUAACAUUAAGUACAUUCAUAUUGCUGUGCACCCAAUCUCCAGAAUUCUUCAUCUUGCAGAACUAGAGCUAUACCCAUGAAACAACCACUCUCCAUUCCUCCUACCAGUCAGUCUCUGGCAACCACCAUUCUACUUUCUGUCUGUGAAUUUCCCUACUAGUAUAUGUGGAAUCAUAUAGUAUUUGUCUUUUUGUGACUGGCUUAUUUCACUUCAUAUAAAGUCCUCAAAGUUCAUGCGUGUUUAGCAUGUAUCCGAAUUUCCUUCCUUCGUGGGCUGCGUAAUACGGCAUUGUGUGUAUAUACUACUUUUUAUUUGUCCCUUCAUCAGGUGACAGACACUUCAGCUGCCUCCACCUUUUGGUUAUUGCAAAUAAUGCUGCUACGAACAUAGGUACACAGAUACCUCUUCGGGACACUGCCAAUCUAAUGGAUAUAUAUGCCCGGAAGUGGAAUUGCUGGCUCAUGUGGUACUUCUGUGUUUAAUUUUUUGAGGGGGCACCAUUCCAUUCCACAAUAGCUGCACCAUUUUACAUUCCCACCAGCAGUGCACAGGGAUUCCAGUCACUCCAUAUCCUCACCAGCACUUGCUCUUGUAUUGGUAGUGACCAUUCUAAUGGAUGUGAGGUCUGGCUCUUUACUUUUGACCUGUCACGAGUCAGCUUUGGUUUCCUCAUGCAGGAAACAACACGAUUUUCUUGUCCUCAGCUUCUCUGGUUGAGAUUGCUCAUCAAACUGUUUUUGAAUAAAAGAGUAUUCCCUCUCUAUAUGGAAUUGGGCCACUGAAAGAAUUUGGAUUUCUAUCUUUCUCGGAAAAACGUCUCAUUUCUCACAAGGCAGAGCCCAAGCAGUUACUAUCUUUUGUCCUAGAAACCUGUGCAGACUUGUUCUACGUAUGACAAAAAGGCCUGUUCUUCUGAAUGAAGGACUCUCCAAGAAGUUUUCCUGACACCCCUGUCUUGUGUUUUCUCUAGAAUGUUGUCAAUUAGCCCCCUCCUCUUUAAGACCGGAUCACCUCCAGACUGUUUGUAUGCUUUUAAGAAGGACUAAAUUCUUGUGGGCAAGCACAAUCCGCUUGGAGAAGAUAAUACAUAGGAGGUGCUGGGAAUAAUGCGGAGAUUUCUUCCUCAUACAUGGCAUCAGUGUCAUUCAAGGACGUGACUGUGGAAUUCACCCAAGAGGAGUGGCAGCAAAUGGGUCCUAUUCAGAGGACACUGUAUAGAGAUGUGAUGCUGGAGAACUACAACAACCUAGUGUCAGUGGGGAACUGCAUUUUCAAACCAGCAGUAAUCGUCAAGUUGGAGCAAGGAGAGGAGCCUUGGUUCUUAGAGGAAAAAUUCUCAAACCAGAGCCGCCAAGAAGAUUACGGAGAUGACCUGAUGAAGAAGAACAAGAAAAUCCAAGAUAAACACUUGCAGGAAAUAAUAUUCAUCGAUAAUAAACCAUUGACUGGAGAGGAAGAGGAAGUUUUGGGAAAACAGUUUAAUCUGCACCUAGCCCCUGUUUCAACAAAAAUAUCCUGUAAAUAUGACUCAUGGGGAGUAAAUUUGCAAAAUAUUUCCCAGUUUAUCAUUAAUAAUAGAACCUAUUCAACAAAAAAAACAAAUUGUUAUAGUGUAUGUGAAAAUUUGUCUUUCAAAAUUAAGUUUGAGAGAACUCAUACUGGAGAGGAGUUUCGUGAAUAUAAUAAAAAUGGGAAAGCUCUCAGUUUUAAGGAAAAUCUUCCUGAGAAUCAAAAGUGUCAAACUUUGGAGCAAGCUUUUACAUAUAAUGAAAUUGGAAAAGUCUUCUAUAAUGAGGCUGCUUGUGUUACACAUAAGAGUAUUCACACAAGAGAAAAAUCCUAUAAAGAUGAUGAAUUUAGGGGGAAAAGUGAAAAAACAACUAUCUUUGACUAUAAAAGAACUGGGAUAGGGGAGAAACAUUCUCUUCUUAACCAAUGUGGGAAACCCUUCUGUGGAAAAUCAGCUGUCAAGGAACACAAUAAAUUUAACAUGGCUGUGAAACAUAAUGGAUGUAAUGCAAGUGGAAAUAAUUUCAACAAGGAGUCACACCUCACUCAACUUCAGAGAAUUGCCACGGAAGAGAACCAGUUGGUGUGUAAUGACAGAACACAAACUGGGGAUAAAACCUUUGAAUAUCAUGAAAAUAGGAAAUCCUGCCAGAUGUCAGCCCACAAAGUUCGCCAGAGAACUCACUCUGAGAUAAAACCCUAUAAAUGUAAUGAAUGUGGUAAAUCGUUCUUUCAAAAAGGACAUCUCAUUCAACAUCAGAGAACUCACACAGGAGAGAAACCAUUUGAAUGUAAUGAAUGCGGAAAAACUUUCUCCCAGAAGUCACACCUCAGUACGCAUUGGAGAAUUCACACAGCAGAGAAACCCUACAAGUGUAAUGAAUGUGGGAAAACAUUUGUCCAGAAGUCAACCCUCAGGGGACAUCAGAGAAUUCAUACAGGAGAGAAACCCUAUAAAUGUAGUGAAUGUGGGAAAACUUUUGUUCAGAAGUCAACCCUCAGAGAUCAUCAUAGAAUUCACACAGGGGAGAAAUCCUUUCAGUGUAAUGAAUGUGGGAAAACUUUUGGUCAGAAGUCAAACCUCAGAAUACAUCAAAGAACUCACAGUGGUGAGAAAACAUAUCAAUGUAAUGAAUGUGAAAAAUCCUUCUGGCGAAAAGACCAUCUCAUUCAACAUCAGAAAACACACACAGGAGAGAAACCAUUUAAAUGUAAUGAAUGUGGGAAAACUUUUGCCCGGACAUCAACCCUUAGAGUGCAUCAGAGGAUUCAUACUGGGGAGAAACCAUUUAAAUGUAAUGAAUGUGGGAAAAAAUUUGUCCGGAAGGCAAUCCUUAGUGAUCAUCAGAGAAUUCAUACAGGGGAGAAACCUUUUCAGUGUAACAAAUGUGGGAAAACUUUUGGCCAGAAAUCAAACCUCAGAAUACAUCAGAGAAUUCACAGUGGGGAGAAAGCUUAUGAAUGUAAUGAAUUUGGAAAAUUGUAUAAGAAGUCAACUUUAAAUGUUUGCCAGAGAGUUCAGGGAGGAGGAAAACCCUAUUGAUAUAACAACUGUGGAAAAUUCUUAUGGCUGAAAGACCAAGCCAUUUGACUCCAGAAAACCCACACAGGAGAGAAACCAUAUAAAUACGAAUGUAGGGAGAAUUUUAUUCAAAAAGCAACCCUGAAAGUAUAUCAGAAUAUACACAGACUAAUAUUUCUUUCAAGGUACUAUGGAGAGCCCUUUUGAAUGAAGCCAUGUCCUUCAGAUAACACCCAAAAUUUCCCGGUCUCCCUUUCCUCUGUGUAGGUCUUUGGGACUAUGGAUGCUCAUGUUUUAUGCCACAUCCAUUUGUGACAAAAGACCUCACUGACAAACUACUAGGAUGCUGUCAGAAUAAAAUGGAGAUGACCCAAGACAACUUUGAGUAUCAUACUUUAACAUGGCAGCACAGCUUUUGCAAGGUAAAAGGGUGUCUGAAAUAUGUGAAACAAAAUUCUCGUUCACAUCUUAACCUUUUGAACAUUUGUGAUCAAGCAGUAAGCUUGUAUUCUAUUGAGCUCUUACAUGUUUACGUCUGUUUCCUUUUGAACAUAAUUUAGCCAUCCCUCUGCUGGGGAGGUAGAAAGUUAUUAUAUAAGCCAAGCUUACAUCAGUCAGUGGGGAUAACACUUCUUAAAGGGUUGGUGUGAGGAGUCCCUCAAAGAUCAUCAGAGAAUUCAUUUUAAAAAAAUCUCUUUUCAAUGUAAUGAAAUAGAUUAGAUACCACCUCUUAUAGGGCUUUCGAUGAACCUAAAAGAUUGGAAGAUUUUUGGUUGAAAUGUGAGCACACCUGUGCAAGUAAAGUAAAUGCUUCUUUAAUGUCAUGAAGCCACUCUCCCUUCACACUUUGUUGUACCUCCAUAUGCCCCAAUAUCAGCUGUUUUAGGGGAAGGAAAGCUUCUCGUCUCCAUUGGGGACCCAUGACCAUUGGAACCCACCCAAGUAUUUUGGGGAACUUUUAGGGAGGAGAGGGGCUCAAAUUUGUAUGGAUUUAUGGGAUACAGGUGCCCAAGUCAACAUCUUACCACUUUACAUGGAAGUAGGGAGUAUCUAGAUUUAGAAAAUAAUGUUAGGGCAGGGGUUACAGUAGGCAAGGGAAAUGAAUGUGACCCUGUGAAUAAAUUGGGGCCCUUUAAGCCAGUGCAGUGUACUGUGGUUACUUCUAAAUCUGAAAGUGUAGUAGGAACGUGUUAUAUGCUGUACUUCCCCUUCCCAUAAUUCAGAAGGGAUUCUCCAGUCAGGAAGAGUUUUGUGUAAAGAAGAUAUCUCAGGUCCCGCAGGCCUUAAUGACCACUUUGUACUUCAAUCUCUGUGACUAGGCAUUCUCUUGAUUGGCAUUUCUGACAAAAGGAGAUGCCCUUGAUGUGGGGGAGAAGGGUGGUUUGACUUGAUACCCUAACAAGGCUACCAAGUAUACUUCUUUUGUAAAGCAGCUAUUAGCUUACUCUUGGGCUCAGCUGGCUAACAAGAUACAAAGGACAAAAGCCUCAUGUGUAAGAUGCACAUGGUAUAUUUAAGAAUACAGCUGUCCUGGUCCCAGUAGUAUCUCAGCUGUAUAUCAGAUUGUAGCAGCUGUCCCUUACAGAGGAAACCUAUCCCCCACUCUGCUGCCUGAAGCAAAGCUGCUGGCUCAGUAGGGCCCUCAAUUCGUAGAAGUUACUCUGAUGGGGCCUGGGCCAGUGGCAGGCUAGUAGGAAUCACCGGACACUGACUAUCCAGUCUCAGUGCCAUUAUACAGACCCCAACAUUGAUGUGGCUGCUCCUCGCAAAGGCCAGGACACAAGGGUGUUCUCAACACGGCAGGUACUCCGUUUGAGACUUGCAGCGUUUGUAUUGACUCUGGUUCUUACUGUGCCUAGCUUUUUGGCACACUGGUAGUAAAACUGCAGGCUGACAAAAGCACUCUUUGGUGUGUGAACUGUGGGGGGAAAGUCAGCUGCUACGCACAUCUGAGUUGUGGAACUAGGUGCCCUAUUCUGUGAUAAUACUGACUGGACUUAAGCUGCUGAGCAAGACUUCGCUAUCCUGAUUGCCAACAUUGCUGCCCGGAUCCAUCAUCACACUGACAGAGCAAAAUGUUCACCAUCGUAACUGCAUACAAAGUAGAAGUCUCUCUAUACCCAGUGUUUCCUUUUAUGUCAUUUGACGUAAGAAUCUACAUUGUUUCCCCUCUGUAUUAAUAUUCAAUUCCACAUGCCAUUUGAUAAUUCAUCUCUUUCCUACUGAUUUCAAAUAUGUUCGCAUACUAAAUUGUCAUUCAUAAAGACCGCUCUUGACCCAUUCUCUACAUUCUGUUAGCAACAUAUGCUCCUUUUGGAAUCAGAGCUGGCAAUACCUUAUAUAAGCCAAAAUAUUCUAUCUUUGUAGCCUAAUACUGAAUUUUUCACUGAUGAGUGUUUCAAUCAGGAAAAGAUAAAUACUUCCUAGGACUUUGAAAAUGGAACAUCACACACUGGAGCUGCCAACGCUCUUGCCAAGAUGCAUCUGCAAAAAAGAUAAUAACUAGUUAGUGCUGUAUUCCCAAAAAAUAGUCAAGAGUUAUUGUUGGCGCUGUUUUAAUAAUAGGUGGUAAUAUAAAGUCAUUCUUUCUUAAAACUUUUUCUGUUUCUUAAGAUAUUUAAAAUCCUCUCCCUCAUACCCCUUUUUAUGUACAAUCUUUUAGAAUUGUGAUUGGGUUUGCUAUUAAGUUCAAGAUCGUCUACCACUAGAAUGAAGUUAAUUCACCCAAGGAGUCUGCGUCAGUCAUUGGAAGUCCAGGUGACAGGGUGCCAUGAUUGGGCACUUAGGCUUUAUCUGCUGUCCCCUACUGGGGUAGGCCCACAGAACACCUCUCUGUAUAAUCAUACAUUAUCAGCUAUAGACCAUGGUCUAUGCUAUACCCAUGAAUGCUCCCUUCUCCCUGCCUGGCUGAUCUCCUUUUCAGGUAAUGGGCUUUUAUUCCAACAGACAGAUGCCACGCCUAGAGACCCUGGAAGAGUCCUUUUUCUGUCUGCCUGCCUACUGAGGGUCUUUAUGCUGAUUUUAAAAAGCCUCCAUUGAGGACAGGAUUUUUAUGUUUUGUUCAUAAUGUAUCCCAAGCAAAUGAAACAGACCCUCUACAUAUUAGGCACUCAGAAAUACUUGCUGGAGGUGGAAUUGUCAAAGUGAAAUCUGAACAUAUUUUCUUUUGAUACUGUGAAUGAUCUUUUAUGAUUAUUCAUCAUUUAUUAAAAUAGUUAAGGAAGAUUAUUGCUGUGAGCACCACUCAAAGACUUGUGUUUUGGAUAUUUUAAAAAGUUGCUAAAAGAAACGUGUUCUUAAUAUUCAGAAGUGUACAGUACUAUUCUUCAAAUAUUUGUCACCCAAAAUAAAAUUUAUUUUCAAGAAACUAGAAUCCCCAAUCCAAAAUUAUGCCUACAUAUCAGUUCUUAUUAACUUUGUAGAGUGCAGGCAUUUUU